UUUUCUUAUUCAGUUGCAUUUUUUUUACUUUACUAAGCAUGACGGUAUUCAAAUCCAUAUAGCAAGCAGUCAGAGACCGGUUUGUGCAUAAAUCGUAUAAGCUAAUACGUGUUGGACGACAAGCAUUUGUAGCGAUCGAGUGUUCGCGUAAUUUAAUAUGAAUUCGAUGGAAAAAGUGUAUGGUAGCGGAUGGGCAGCGUGGUUGAGAAAACAUUCAAUAGCAUUACAAAUUGGGACGACAAUUUCGUGCAAUGUCGCGUAUCUUAUGGAUGCCGGACACACGCGCAAGGCCGCAACGCUUUCGAUGAUUUUGCUGGGUGGUGUUAGUUUGUACUGUUUCUUCAGCCGUCGGCGGAAAAUAAAUGCACGGGAUCUUAUCGUUAUAACCGGUUGUAAUUCCGGUUUGGGUUAUAGUCUAGCGAUGCACUGUCGUGCCAAGGGUGCAACUGUCUUGGCCGGACUGCGCCAAAUACCGACGGUGCCUAAUUCUAGUGCAAUUGAAGAUUUAAAAAAACAAGGUGUUAUUGUUCACCAUGUCGAAAUCACGGAUGAACAAUCCGUUCGGGAUUUUCGUGAGAAAGUUAAAGAACUGUUGGAGGAGCGGCAAUUGGUACUGCGCGCGUUGAUAAAUAACGCGGGGGUGAUGGUUUUCGGCGAGUUUGAGUGGCAAACGCAGAAGCUUGCGGAGUAUCAGGUAGGCGUGAAUCUUUUGGGAACGAUGAGAGUCACGCGAGAGCUGAUGCCGAUUUUACGGGAGAAUCGCAGCAGACUUAUCGUGAUAUCUAGCCAUUGCGCUGACCAGUCCUUACCUGGUAUAAGCAUUUAUGGGGCUACAAAGGCCGCCCUUCACGCGUGGACCACUUCCCUUCGAGUAGAGGUUGGCAAAUACGGGAUCGAAGUGGUCUCCUUUAUACCGGGUGGUUUUGUAUUAGAAAGCAAUAUCAUGAAACGGCAAAGGCUGCACUUUGAUGAAAUGAGACGACACAUGUCGGAGGAAGUGCAACAAUAUUACGGCAACUAUUUUACUCGAUAUACAGAGUACUUUUCUAUGCCUUCUUUAACGGAAAAUCGAGACAAUCCAAAGAUUGUAUCCGAUCCGAGAAUCUAUGAAAUCUUUGAUAACGCUCUUCUCAAUGUCUAUCCUUCAACGAUUUACAGAUGUGAGUCAUGGAGAUACUUCUUUUAUCGUAUUUUAUUCAAAAGUACUCCGACGUUCAUACGUGACCGAUUGGUACAACGUUUUGUCAUAAUACCGCCAUGGAAGGCCGAUGAAAAGUGA